AUGCUGACGGCCGAGUCAUUCCACUGGCUCCUCAUAUGGGUCAUUUUGAGGCGUACAGACCUUCCACGCCCGAGCGAAAAUCGAGCCUGCGAACGUUUCUUCGUCCCUAGGGACCAAUUCAAGUGCCGAGCUGCGAAGAGGGCAUGGCUGUACGAGGAUGGCCCCGUUUCAAUACGUGGCAACGCACUGGUCACCCGCCUUAUAAUAAAGCGGAGGGGUUCAUGCUAUAUACGGGAGGAAGCCUUCGUUACGGAUACGGGCCGGGAUGGGGGUAUGCGAACAGGCAAGGAUGAAAGGGAAAACAAGAGCAGUAUCAUGGGAUCUACUUCCUCUGGUGAAUUUGAGCCUGAUGAUGGUGAUUCUGAGGGGGAUACACGAGUUCCCCAGUCCACAGGAUGCCCGAACAGGCGGCUGUCCCGCCGACGGGCUGGUGGCGGUACUUGCGCACGUGGAUGGCUUCCACGAACAUGGGAUCCUAGUGCACAGAGACAGACUGCACGGAUACAGGCGAGCCUUGUGCCCCAUGUGCUGCGUCGGAAGCAUUCAGAAGCUACACGCGGGACCUCGCUUUGUCUCACGUCGAACAGCGGUUUCCAUGAUGUUCGACCGCGCGCUCACGGAGCGACAACUCUCGAAGACUGUCACCACAAGGAGGCAGCAACGCUCCUCAGGGAUGAGGCAACAUUCGCACGAAAUCCAUACGGUUGGGGCUUCCAGGGCUGGCUUGAGUGUGCCAUCUCUAUGGGAGGUUAUAGGCAAGAAUAUUUCACGCUACGGGGCCACAAAUGA